AUGGCGAUGGACAACGACGAUGAGCUAAUGCAGCGCGUGUGUACAGUGGGUGGAAAUGCGGUCUCUGCCUUCCUUUCCUGGCGACUCUCGGCCACGAAUGCCUGCGACGUGACGCUGGUAUGGAAGAGUGGCUACGAUGCCGUCUCACAGUAUGGCGUAUCAUUCAGAUCUAGCAAGUUCGGCAAUGAGCGCUUCAAGCCGAGACACGUGGUGCGCUCACCCGAAGAAGCCGCCGGCAUAUCGCGAGCCUCCUUCGACUACGUCGUCCUUUGUGUCAAAGCCCUACCCGAUGUCUACGACCUCGCCUCAGUGAUCGAGCCUGUCGUAGCGCCACAACACACCUGCAUCCUCGUCAACACUACCCACACCCUUGGCAUAGAAAAGUACUUGGAGGAGCGCUUCCCUACAAAUGUCGUUCUUUCCUUGGUAUCGGGAGCAGAGAUUACACAGAUUGGCGCAAGCGAGUUCGAACACAAGGGCCCCACAGAUUUAUGGGUGGGCUCGACACAGAGUGACAGUCAGACCAUACCACAAUCUAUACAGCAAGAUAUGGCCGAGGCGCUGGCGAUGACGCUGAAGUCUGGACAAGUCGAUUGUGAGGUUUCGCCAAAUAUCAGGCAGCAGCAAUACGACCGGAUGAUUGGACCCAUUGCAUUCCAUCCGACCAGCGUCAUGUUCGAAACGCCAUCCCACGCCGAUCUUCUGGAGAAGGUUGGCGUCCGAUCGCUCAUCUUCGGCAUCAUCGACGAGCUCAUGGCACUCGCGCAGGCACAGGGCUGCGUGUUCCGACCUGGUUUCCGAGAACAGAUCAUGGAGCAGAUGGUCGUGUCAUCAGAAGCCAACAGCACCAUGUACCAAGAUUUCAGCGCCAGAAGACCAAUGGAGAUCGAGACCUACCUUGGAUCGCCAACAAAGCUUGCACAGGAAGUGCAAAUGCAAGUGCCACGCAUAGAGACCAUGUACGCCAUAUUACACCAGAUCAACAUCGCCAACCAGCAACGACCACAACAAUCCACAUCACCCGUAGCAGCACAACAAGCUCCCCCGCCACCAGCGCGAAUGUCCCAGCAACCAAUGCCUCGCGGCGCGUCGUAUGGUCAGCCUCCGCCCAAUGGCGCACCCAUGCCGAGACCUGGACCUGGCCAAGGUGGACGUGGCAGCCGAGCGCCUUCUGCAGCUGGUGGACCUCCUCCUAUGCGUGGAGGCAGGCCAUCUAUGAAUGGCUACCCGCCACGGAUGAAUGGCAAUGGCUACGGACCAGGUCCUCGUGGACCAGGCCAGAUGUCACGGAGACAGUCGUUCGAGAACAAUGAUCUGGAGGAGUUCAGUCACCUGAUGCUGUAUGACGGAAUACCGGAUGGGCAACUAGUCGAGGCUGGAUAUGACGGCAUGACACCUUCGAACUCUGGCGAUCUGCAAAUGCGCGAGCGAGAGCUGGCAUUACGGCAGAAGGAGCUGGCUUUGAGAGAGCGCGAGUAUAACGUGGGUAGAAGACGAGGCCCGCCCCCGCCUCCUCAGCGAGGUGGUGGUGGACGUGGAGGUGGAGGGUACGACGAUGAUGAUGAUGAGGAUGGAGAAGACUUCUUCGACCCAAUGGGCGGUGCGCCCGUGCCACACGCAGACGUCGACAAUCUGGACAUGAUGAGCGUCACCUCACGGAGAACACGAAAAGCUCCUAGUGCGAGCCAACUCCGCACUAAUCCGGAAUUGAUGACUGGAGGACCAGGUGGACGUCAGAGUCGUGGCCCAUUCAAGCAGCGACCACAGCCGAAGAACAGGACGAGCGCUACAAUCAUGUCACAAAUGCCAGGUCUGCACGAAGAAUUGAUGAGCAACCCACUCGUUGGCUAUUCGUCAGAUCGCUAUGGCAAUGUUGACCGUAUGAACAUGGGCGUUGAAUCGAGGACGAAUUCACUAACAGCAGAACGAUUGAACGAGCUACAACAAGGCGGUCAUCCGAACGGUAGCUAUGGUGGCCCACCACCAGGCGCCUACCCACAACCGCCCAUGUCCCGCCGUGGUAGCCAAAGCCCAGGCAAUCCACUCAGCCCCAACGGUCGCCCGGCCUUCCGCCCGUCACCACCGAACGGCUACGGCCCACCACCCCCAAUGGGCGGCCACCCGAAUAGUCGGCCUAGCCCUCCGAAUGGCGCAGUACGCGCCCCAGUGCCUCGCCACCCGCCAGGUCACGGCAACAGCGUCGCUCCGCAGCAGAUUGAGCAACAAACAGGGGUGAGCAACUUAUACCCACCCAAACCCAUACAUGGUGCCCAAGUACGCAGUCUGACGGGUUCCGCUUCGGCUAGCGCGGGGAGUGGUGAUAGUAAUCGUUCCGCCCCUAUUGAUUCGUCGGAGCCGAGCGCGCACAGUUCGAGUAGUUCUUUGGGGCCACGACAUGCUAUUGGGGUGCGGUAG